CUCAACUUAUAAGGCAUGUAUCACUGUCAGAUUGUCAAUCAGUUCAGAAACUAUUCAACCCUGUACAAGGUACGACCAAAGUCCACGUCGCUGUCUGGAAAUAGAAAGAAGAAGAAAAUGAAAUUCUACCACAAUCCCAGUCAUCUUCACUCCUUAGUCUCCUCCAUCAUCAAAAGCUCCAAGAGAACCCAGUUGAACAACUUCACCAGGUGCUUCACUACUCGUGUCGGGUUCGAGAGUCCACGCACAAGUCGACCCAUGGAAAAUACAGAAGCUUCGUAUUCAUCUUCUUCAAAGCUGGUGCUCUAUUCCUACUGGCAGAGUUCAUGCUCUUGGCGAGUUCGCUUCGCUCUAAACCUUAAAGGCCUUUCAUAUGAGUACAAACCGGUGAACCUAGCAAAAGGAGAGCAGUUUAAUCCAGACUUUGAGCGUCUGAAUCCUCUGCAUUAUGUUCCGGUGUUGGUUGAUGGUGACACCGUGAUUUCGGACUCCUAUGCAAUAUUUCUGUAUCUGGAGGAGAAGUACCCGCAGAGACCGUUAUUGCCUGCUGACCCUCGGCUAAAAGCUCUUAACCUCCAGGGUGCAAGCAUUAUCAGCUCUAGUAUACAGCCUCUCCACAUGCUAUCAAUGCUGAAGUACAUUGAGGAAAAGAUUGGUCCUGAAGAGAGCCUGUCAUGGGCUCAAUUGCAUAUAGAAAAAGGUUUCUGUGCACUUGAGAAGUUGCUGAAGGAUUUUGCUAGCAGAUUUGCCACAGGAAAUGAAGUGUAUAUGGUCUCUCCUGAAUUCUCUAUUGUACUGACGUGUUCUUAGCACCGCAGAUUGCUAUAGCUACAGCAAGGUUCAAUAUAAAUAUGUCCACAUUCCCCAGUUUAAGUAGGGUGAAUGAAUCAUACAAGGGUCUACCAGAGUUCCAAGCUUCAUCACCGGAAAGGCAACCUGAUGCUGUGCAUGGGCAGUGAUGCCAGAAGGCAAGGAGUCUUACAAGGAUCCCGCUGUCUCUAGUUGGGUUCUGCUGGAGCAUUACAAAUUGAACCUUGGACCGGGCUGUGGAGCCCUGUUCUAGAUUUAAGCUGUAGAUAAGUUGAAUUAAACUGUCGAUCGCCAGUGAAGAAAUCCAGUUAUGUAGUUUAUUUUUCACUUCAAUCUAUCAAUCAUGAAAAGAAAGACAAGUCUUGGAACCUAUUAUAGCUAGCUAUCCUGGGUGCUAUCUUCA